AUGGCAAGCGCGCAACUCACCGAGGAAGAGCUGCAGCAGAGCGCGGUUUUAUCUGACGAAGACCCUGAAUUCGAGGACGCACCAGUUUUUCCCUCGGACCGAUUACCACAAACCACCGAAAGCCCGUUGACGAACCCUAAUACACACGAUGACGAACUUUCGGAUGCAGUCGGCGAUGAAGACGAGGAGAGAGACGCAAGCACCGCUGAGGACGACAUUGAGAUGGGCGAGAAGCUCGACGAUAAUAGCGAGCUCUCUGAACAGGAAUCGAUGGACGAUGAGGUAGAUCAUCAGUCUGACGAUGAUAUAGAGCAGCGCAUGGAACAAGACGAAAGAGAUGAUGCUUCAGGCGGCGCGCGAAGCCGUAGUAGUAGCUUGCUGGAAGCUAUCGACGAGGACGAGGCAGAGGGCGUCGGCGCUGUCAAAAUCAGACCAGGCGAAACCGACGAGGAGCCAGAUGAGCAGGACAGUGAUCAUUCGGAUUCUCACAGUGAAUCUGGCAUCGAAUCUGAAGAGGACGCUGCCUGGGAGGAGGUCGCUGCAGCGGAUGAAGAUGACGAAGAGGAAUCGGAGGACGCGGCACCUAACAUGUGUAUAUUCUGCAAACAAGACGAAGAGCACGACCCUGCCGAAGACUUCGAAGAUUACUUGACCUGUGUCAACUGCGGCGAAAACUCACACCAGCAUUGCGCCCGGGAAGCCGGCGCUCUUCAGGAACAAAGCAGUCUUUCUCAAUGGAAGUGUCUCGAUUGUGCAUUGGGGGCAGAUGCGCCGGUUGAUGAUGCGGAAGCCGAUACUACUCAGAAGCAGCAAUACGAGUACGCCGAUGAGCAUGACGAUGAUGAGAAACACGAAAUCGAUCUCGAGCUCUCACCGUCUUCCAGAAGAUCAACGGCUUCCCAAGUUGCGCGAGACCUACUUCCACCUCAAAAAGGCACCAUCAAACCCGACUCCCAUUCAGUCUUCAACCAUUUGCUUCUCGACGGUGAUCCAAUCGAUGGAUCCCGUGUGCUUCGCAAGCGCAAAACAUCAUCUGUCGAGGCGGAUGACAUUGUCAUGUCGCUCCGAAAGCGCCGGCGCAACGCCUCCAAAGACCGGGAGUCAUGUCACGGUGCAGGAGCGUCGCAAGAUGGUCGAAAUGGGACCAGAGACAAGGACUCACGACGCAAGUUGCGCCUUAACCCCACACGCAAAUCCCAGUCGGUAACGGUCAUCCGGCAAACUCGCUCAGUCGUCGUCAAGAUGCGCGUCAAACCUUACGCGCUUCGUCGAGUCUUAUCCCAAAAAUCUGCGUCAAACCGAAGAAGAGUUGAGAGGGUAAGCACAACUGUGCCGCCUCAUGAUGGGCUGGCCGCCUCCAUGACGGCCUCGUUCACUUCAUCAGACUAUGCACAUCCUUUCUAUUCUUUCUUCGACAAAGAGACCGAUGAAGUCAAAACAAAACCUUACGGCGGCAUCCUUAGCGAAGCUGAAGCCGACACAUCAAGAACACUACCUACCAACGAUGAUCGUCGGCGGUUCGACGAAGCCAAGCAGAAAGCAGAGGAGGUUUGGCGGGCUCGUCUCCACAGCGUCCAGCACAAUUUAGCGACGCCUGCGAAGAGGUCCAAAAAGAGUUCUGGCCCGGCGAGCCAGAUCGAGUGCAUCGACUUUGGCGGCUGGGAGAUCGACACCUGGUAUGCUGCUCCUUACCCCGAGGAGUACAGUCGGAACCGAACACUCUACAUUUGCGAGUUCUGCUUGAAGUAUAUGAACUCAGACUAUGUUGCCUGGCGGCAUAAACUCAAGUGUCCAGCAAAACACCCGCCGGGCGACGAAAUAUAUCGCCAUGGAUCCGUCUCUGUUUUUGAGGUGGACGGCCGAAAGAACCCGGUCUAUUGCCAGAAUCUUUGUCUACUUGCCAAGCUGUUCCUAGGAUCCAAGACGCUCUACUACGACGUGGAGCCGUUUCUCUUCUAUGUCCUGUGCGAAUACGACGCACUUGGCUAUCACUUCGUUGGUUACUUUUCAAAGGAAAAACGAGCCAGCAGUCAGAACAACGUCUCAUGCAUCCUGACAUUGCCUAUACACCAGCGAAAAGGUUACGGAAACCUGCUGAUCGACUUCUCUUACCUGCUCACUCGCGUGGAACGCAAAACCGGAUCGCCCGAAAAACCACUUUCAGACAUGGGUCUCGUUUCCUACCGCAACUACUGGAGGCUGGUGCUGUGCCGGUACCUACUGGACCACGUCGAAGAAGAUAAAUCAGCCGCCCCAGGUCUGAGUAUUCGGCAAAUGUCGGACGAUACGGGGCUCACUCCCGACGAUGUCAUCUCUGCCCUCGAAGGCCUCAGAUGUCUCGUGCGUGAUCCCCAAACGGAACUGUAUGCCUUCCGCGUCGAUCUAGCGUACUGUAACGAAUACAUCGCGAAGUGGGAGGCCAAGAACUACGUCAAGUUGUACCCAGAUGCGCUCACCUGGACACCAUACGUCAUGGGACGAGGCAAUGCCACAAACUUCGAGCUUGGUCCAGCCAUCAGUGCGAUAGCACCGCGAGAAGAAGACGACAGUCACAAACCAGCUCAAGAGACACUGCUGCCUUCCUUACAACAACAACCAGCGGUGAAUGGCCUUCCAAUCAAGGGCAUCGUUGACAACUUUCACACACCUGUCGAUGUCUUAUCUGCUAGUGCAGAUAGCGCCGGCAAUGAUACCAAUGGCUCAAAGGUGGAGCCCGAUAUUUACGAAUCAACGGAGUCACACCAGGAUGGCUUGGUCAGCGGGGACGGGAGCCGUGAAACAGUCAACGAAGUCGGGUUUCAACCCAGUGAAGUGCCUCAUUCGGCCACACCUGAAGAGGCAAUGGGGCGUAAUUGGUCCAGCAUGUACAAGGACGUACCUCCGUCGAGGUUCGAAGUGUACCCGCCUCCUGGUGGCCGACGUUCCGACCGGCCGCGGCCAAGCGUCCCUCGGCCAUCUGUGCCGCGAAGCACAAGCAACAACCCGCGACCGCGUCGAUCCGGCGGUGGCAGUAGCGCCAGGCGACCUACUGCAAGUCGACCCAAGAGCAAAAGCUCGUCGUCCUCAUCGCGGCGGAAAACGGGUGGAACAGGGCGCGGACCGGGCCGAUGGCCCAAGGGUACUAAGAAAAGCGAUUAUGGCAAUGCCGACAGUGGGCCUGGUCUUCCACCAGGUUGGGUCAAGGACAAGCAAAGACUUGCGAGUCUUGGGGCGUCCAAGGAUCAAGAGGUUGAAGGACUCAAGCCUGAGAGUAAGGAGACGAUUGAUGUAGUUCGGGUGCAAUUCGAGGAUGGGGCGCAAGAGGCUACCGGCGAAAAGACAGCUGGGGGCAGCUACAGCAGCCACGGUGCAGCUGAUGGCCAUGCAGAGAGAUGA